AUGCGCGAUGACGAGAUCAUGCAAAUGUUGGAUCAUGAGGGAAUCUUGAGCUUGAAUCUGAAGUUGCAGACGUGUAACGAUGACAAACUGGAGCGAAACGAAGUGGAACCUGACAAACCCUCGAAACUUCUGAAUGAGAAAACUACCGUACUGCAGCUGAAGAACAAAAUGAGGGAAAUCAUUGCGGCGAGGCAGCGCAAUCCGCAACUAAUUGCUCGUCAGAAACUGAUCGGCGAUAUCGAGGGUACGACUCGUAGCUACGAUGGUGACCUAUUACUGGUACACGCGAUCGUUCCACCGGGCGUCGCAUGCUCUGCAACACUAUCUAGUCCAUGCGGACGAUACGUUGCGAAGUUGGCAAACGCGAUAGUUGAUUUUGACACGAAGUGGCAUCUGUGUGGCAUCUGUGGUUCCACUCAUGACAUUGCGCUUUUUGCUGUUAACUUGCAAAGCAACGAGAAAAGUGCUUGGGUCUCCUACCAGAAGAGCAGAAAGGUACGGGAAUGAGG